AUGAACUCUCACUCUCAUUCGUACCAGCGCAACAGUACCCAGGCUGCACCCUGGGUCUCUUGCGCUGAAGGCUUUAAGUGUUGCAGACUCACUGUAGUGAUUGACAAGGUUGCGCAGCGUUCUUGCAUAAAGAAGCACCGGAUAAGGGAGGCGACGGGCAGGUUCCUGGUUUUCUACUUCGGAAAGUCAGUAAGAGGGAGAAAUAGGAAGGGGGUGACAACAUAG